CCCUGACUGUUCCGCUGCUACAGGGAUACCAAGAUGGAAAUCCAGGGGCUUUCUGAAGCCCAAAACAUUCACUCUCAACAUGGCGCCCUACACAGAACCACUUCGUCUCCACUUCGAGCAGCGACGGGCUCUACAUCUCGUUUUAUUUCCACCGAAAAUUACGUGGACGGACUAUCGGAUUCGCCCGAGCCUCAAAGUGACAACAACAACAACACCAGGCCGAGGACUGCACCGUUUCACCUACUGGCGGAAAAUGGCAGCGGAGUGGCUUGUUCGCUUGUCGGCAAACCAGAAACAACCGAGAAAACCAGUUUACCGGCUAAUAGACCGAAUGUUUAUAACGUGAACACGGGGAAAGAACAUGAGUUAGACGCCCUGCUUGGCUCGCAGGAGUUUGUAAGGACAGCGUGGAAAUACGGGGCAGAAAGCGGGGACAGUGUAAUGCAAAUGGCGCUGCCGCUGUUUGAAGGGGAAGAGGAACCGAUGCCGCAGCGGCACUUAACGUUACCGUCUCCAGUUUUACGGCAGCAGCGUGAGGACGGCGCCUUGAAGCAGCCCUCAGCGGCCAGCCACAGCGUUAUUGCCCCGCCGGGGAGCUCCAACACGCCCAACGGGACCGAGAAAAGCACCCGGGAACUGUAUGUUGUUUUUAAUGUGGCUCAGGACGAUGGCAGCGGCGAAGCGAGCAAGCACCGACCGGAUGUAUCAGCAGAGAGCGGCGAUAAAAUGAAAGGUAAAAAACCCGAUAGAGCCAGUCCCUGUGGCUCCAUGGAGGUUGGAAACAGCAGUGACGUUAUUCUCUGUGAAUCUAAUGACAACUUGAACUGUCUUGAUACCCAGGCCCUGAAAAAAGCCGAGCGUGUUUUCAGUGUACUAAACGACAGUUCCGCCGUGCCUAAACAGACAGGCUACCACCACACUGUCGAAGACGUUGUUUUGACAAACAAAUAUGGCGAUAAGAUUUGUGGCCAAAUUUGUACCGAAAACAAUGAAAGUAAACUGGUCAAGGAGCUUUCGUCGCACUCCGACAGCAGCACCUUGAUAUCAGGGAACCCGGGUAUCGUUGAAGCCAUGGACACCUCGGACUUCAUUUCAGCGGGGCUGCAGGUUGGUGCUAACCCGGUCACGGCCUCCACAAGUCCGCCUGCUGGUGAAACCUUUUCCGGGACUAUCACAAUAAACAACCAAAGCAUCAUAGUGACCAUAGAGAACGGGAUACUGACUCUGGCUGCCCCACCGGAGGGGUAUGUACACAAAGAGGACGACAUGGUCAGCCUAAAGGAGCACCUAGGCAUGAAAGACCAUGAGGAUAUUGUUCUUUUAAACUAUGACAGUGGCACCAAAUCCAUUGGGAAGAUCAGCACACUGGCAGUGUCCAGCUCCAACCCGCAGGAAGAGCCCAGGCCCGGCUUGUCUGUGAGUGACUCGGAGCUGGCUCUGGUGGAUGAUUGUUCAUUAUCAGAGCUGGGCACCUCUCUGGACUCCUGUCCAAUUGUCAAGCAGGAGGCAGGGGCGCUGUGUGCUGUCACAGAGGCUGAUCUGGUCACCCCGUCCCCCAAAGCCACUGUGGCAGACUGUGACAAUGGGGACUAUCAGUCUUUACAACUAAUAAGGUCCAAGAAAGAGACUGUGGCCUCCUUUGGGUGCCCAGAGCCGGGCUGCUGCUGUACAUUUGAUACACGACAGAAACUCAAGGUUCACCUCCUAAAUCAUGCGGAGGACCCACGUCCCUAUCAGUGCACAGUAGAUGGCUGCGGCUGGGCUUUUGCCACCUCUUACAAGCUAAAGCGGCACCUUCAGUCCCAUGACAAGCAGCGGCCACACACCUGUCAGUUUGAAGGCUGUGGGCGGCGCUUCACCACUGUCUACAACCUCAAGGCUCAUGUUAAAGUCCAUGAGCAGGAUAAUGCCUUCAUCUGCGAGAUCUGCAGUGAGAGGUUUCGCAGUGCGACACGACUCACCAAUCACCAGAGGGUCCACUUUGAGCCGCAGAGGCCCCACAAGUGUGAAUUCCCAGGUUGUGAGAAAACCUUCAUCACCUUCAGUGCCCUGUUCUCCCACAAUCGCACGCACUUCAGAGAAACGGGCCACUUCUCCUGCACGUACCCAGGCUGCGACAAGAUGUAUGACAAAGCCUGUCGUCUCAAAAUCCAUAUGAGAAGUCACACUGGUGAGAGGCCGUUUGUCUGUGACUCGGAGGGAUGUGGCUGGUCCUUCACCAGCAUGUCUAAGUUGCUCCGACAUAAACGGAAACAUGAUGAUGACCGUCGUUUUGUCUGUACAGAGGUGGGUUGUGGGAAAUCCUUCACCCGUGCAGAGCACCUCAAGGGUCACAGUAUCACCCAUCUGGGUACCAAGCCCUUCCAGUGCCAUGCAGAAGGCUGUAACGCCAAGUUCUCAGCACGCAGCAGCCUGUACAUCCACUCCAAGAAGCAUAAGCAGGAUGCCAGCACCCUGAGGACCCGCUGCCCUAUGGCCAACUGCUCCAAGCACUUCUCCUCUCGCAGCAGCCUUAAGAGCCACAUGCUCAAACACCACCACCUCAGUCCUGAUGUUCUAAGCCAGAUGGAAACCACGCCCACCCUGACCCCCAGCAGUGAGCUUAUCAGCUCCCCCCCAACAACAGUGGCAGGGCCUGGUAUUGCUGGGGGCGACCAGCUGACCAACUUGGACCUCAGCUCUCUUUUCUCUGCUGUGCCUGGUGGCACUGCACCCACCUCUGGCAUUGGAAUGGGAAUCCCCAUCGCUGGGAGCAGCUCUAAUGGCACCUUCACCAUGGACCUGUCCCUGGUCAGCUCAGGCAUCCUCACCAUCGACCCUUCCUCAGUUGGCACCGCGCUGGGUACCGGCACCAGCACUACGUUGGCCAAAGCUGUGGACCCUCUGAUCCUGGCAGCCAGUGCUGACAUGGGCCCCCACCACAGUUUGGAAGGAACAGUGGGUGAUGUCCUGCCCCCACAGGGCACUCUCAACCUGGAUGACGUGCAGACAGUUACCCCGGAGGCCCUGGGGACCCUCACAGCUCUCACCAUUCAGGGUGCUGGUGCUGCUGUGGACCCCACUCUGCAGCACCCACUCAGCUCCUCCAGCGCCCUGAGCGUGGAGCCCACAGCCUCCCUGGCUGUGGCUCCUGUUGCCGAGCUGCUGGCCUCACCCUCAAAGGUGGUGGAGGUGGGUGGCCCGGCGGGAUCGGGGCCUCUGCUGGGCUGUGUGGAGGUGCUGGGACCUCAAGAGGGAGGAAAGGUCCUCACCCAGUUUGUUUUCCCUGGUCACAGCAGCAGUUUCAGCCCACAGAAAGACCAGGAACUCAACGCUGUGUCACCAAGCAGCUUCCUGGAGAGUGGAGGCUCAGCCAGGACUGAUUACAGAGCCAUCCAGCUGGCCAAGAAGAAGAAGCAGAGAGGCCCCUUAGCCUCCUCUGGGACCUCAGGAUCAAGUCAAAGAAAAACCAAAGGAGCGAAGACAGCCCCCGCUCCUGCACCGAUGGCUCCCUCUGCUGUUCGAUACGGUGAAGGAGCUGCAGCUGUCAACGGGGGCCUGACGCUGCGUGACCCCGUCACAGGGGCCCAGUAUGUCCAGAUUCAGCUGCUGCAGGAUGAUCCAGCAAGUGAUGGAGAGCUGGCCUUCCAGCUGAGCUCUCAGCCCUCCAGCUCCCACUCUCAGCUCACUGCAGACCUGCCCGUCAACAUUCUACAGGAGCCUUCAGUGAUGACGGAGGAUGACAACGGUUCCGACAACUCCCAGUUCACAGGAAGCACAAUCAACCUCCAGGACUUGGAGUGAGCGCACAGAGCUGCAGGUCUGACGUCCACAGUUUACACCAACAAACAUACUCCGACAUGUUUGACUCCAUCAAACAGAUGCCUCGUCUUUUCCCAGGACUUUAAAAGCCUUUUUGGACAUGAGGUUAGCGUAGUUUUCGGAGGGCGUGUGGACACGACUCCACAGAUAAUGCACCUUGAUAAGAGGAGAUUAGGAUUUGUUUGUUCAGAAGAUUAUGUUUAUUACUGAAGUCCAGUUUGUACCAAAAUCAAAGCUGAGAGCUCUCUUCCUGGGAGGCUCUCUGUUCUCUGUGUCCUGUGGGUUUUUCUAGUACCGGUGUCUAUUCCAUGGUGCCACAUCGCCACUCAUGCACACACAGUGUGCUGUCUCCGCUCCAGUUGCCUUACUGACACCUCACGCUGUGCAUUCCUCCACUGGCGGGUUAUCUGCUUUAUUUGUUGCUAUUUUGAUUUAGUUUUAGAUUUAUUUUUCUAUGGCAGCAGUAAGUCCAUGUUGAGAACAUGCCUGAUCAUGUGUUUCUAUACAGUAUGUGAGGAGUUACUAUCUUCUUGUAAUAAUUGUAUCUGUUUGUUAUUUAUUAUUUAGCUGUGGGUUUACAGAAUGGCAGAGCCAAACACAGAGAUGAAUUAAAGAAUCAAAGCACAAUCA